CGGGCCGCGUCGGGCUCUGUUUGUGUGUGUGUGCGCGUGUGUGUGUGUGUGUGUGUGUGUGUGUGUGUGAGGGAAGCGCGUCCCGCCGGCGGGGCCUCCACCGCUCCCCCGAGAUGGCGCGGCAGGGCCUCAGCCGGGCGCUGGUCACGGCCUCCUGGCUGGCGGAGGCGGUGCGGGCCGGGCGGGUGGGCGCCGGCCUGCGGGUGCUGGACGCCUCCUGGUACCCCCCCAAGGAGCGAAACGCCCGGCAGGAGUUCAAGGAGAGGCACAUCCCCGGGGCGUCGUUCUUCGACAUCGAGGAGUGCCGGGACAAGUCCUCCCCCUACGACUUCAUGCUGCCCAGCGAGUCCCACUUCGCCGACUACGUGGGGGGGCUGGGGGUCAGCAAUGACACCCACGUGGUGGUGUACGACGGGGACGAGGUGGGCACUUUCUACGCUCCCCGUGCCUGGUGGAUGUUCCGGGCCUUUGGGCACAAGGAGGUCUCUGUGCUGAAUGGUGGCUUCAAGAAUUGGGUGAAGGAGGGGUACCCCGUCACGGCGGAGGUCACCCAGCCCACCCCGGCUGUCUUUAAGGCCAGGCUGAACAGAGCCCUGGUGAAAACUUUUGAGGAGAUGGUACAGAACGUGUCGUCCCUAAAGUUCCAGGUGGUGGAUUCCCGCCCCGAGGGCCGGUUUCGGGGGACAGAGCUGGACCAAGGGUUGGAAUCUGGCCACAUCCCUGGUGCUGUGAACAUACCCUUCCACUCAUUCCUAUCAGAAACGGGGCAUGAGAAGAGUAUUGAGGAGAUCCAGGAAAUAUUCCGUGAGAAGAAAGUGGAUCUCUCAAAGCCUCUGACAGCCACAUGCCGCAAGGGCGUCACGGCGUGUCAGAUUGCCUUGGCAGCCUUCCUGUGCGGCAAGCGCGACGUGGCCGUGUACGAUGGCUCCUGGUCCGAGUGGUUCCACCGAGCCCCACCGCACUACAAGGUCUCCGAGUUGAAGCGCAGCAAGGCCUAAAGGGAGAGCUGUGUCUGGUGCAACGUGGUCUAGCAGCUAUCCAGAUAACCCAGGAUAAAGCAAAAGGGAGGAGGUGGAAGUAAAGGAAAAAAAACGGUUGAUUUAGAUUUUGCCAAUUUUUUUAAAAAUUAUUAUUGAGUUUCUGUUGAACUUUAAAUUUUUGACAAUAAAAUCUUAGAUGAUGCA